GUCCGAUCCCAAUGUCCAUCCAGAGGCUAAGACCAUCGUCGAGAAGUUCAGAUCCGACUUGGAAGAAUAUCACGGCCUUGUCGGCGGUCGUCUAGUUGCUGUCCAUGACAUGCUCAACACCAUUGCUAUGACUAAUGGCAAGCCACCUCUUCCUCCUCCGGCUGUCGCGUUCCUCUGUGAUGUCUCCGAGGAGCAGGUGAAGAGCCCAGGCCCCGACGGUCCCAUCGUCACCUCCGACCAGCUCGUGAGCUGCUUCUCCAAAAUGAUUCCAGCCAAGGACACUCCUGAGAUUUUCGAGGAGAAGGUGAUCUCCCAGGUGAGAGAUGCUAUCAAGCGAAGGAAGCACUCAAACGCCGUCAUGCCUGAGCUCAAGCCAAAGCUGGAAGCUCUCCACGCCAAGACCGGAGGAAGCCCGGACAAGCUUUACGCCUGGUUUCUUGAUCUGCUUCCUGCGGACAACAAGGACGGGUUCCCCAAGGAGGCGUUCAUGGCCAUGAUCAUGCGCUGCCCCCCCGACGCUGGCGAGAUCCCCCUCAAGAACUUCAUUGCGGGCAUUGAGGGCAACAUGGAUGAAUCGGACACUGUCGAGAAGCUGGCUCCUAUCAUCGACAAGCACAUGUAACUUGGCUCGCAGUGAUAAUGAGAUAGCACGCAGCAACUCGGUGGAAAGCCCGGUGGUUGUAGUUAGGCGCGUCCAUUCAGGCCCUCUAGCUUUUGUACGGUAUACCGCAUCUUCGAGCCUAACGGUCAGAUUUUCCAACUGCCGCGCGUGACUCCGUUGAAGCCUUGCGGCAUCUCGGCGUGAUUUUUUUUGUUAAUGAAACUCAGUUCACCGU